GCAGUUUUAUUAUUUUGUCGUGCCCACCAUACGAAACCGUGUGCGAACCCUCCCAUUGAUUUCCUCCAAAACAGAAGGUUCCAAGUCCCAAUUUCUUCCAUCCUUCAAGCCUCUCUCAACAUUUAAAAACCCUCUCCAAAAUUUCAAACCCUAAAUCAACCCCAAAUUUCAUAACCCUAAAUCAACGAGUUCACAAUCCCUAAACAAUCAAUCAUACAAUGUGCCGUACAACGGAAUACCACCAUAAAAACUACUUUCUUCACCUGAAAACCAUCUCACUUCGUUUUUCUCUCUCCUCAAAUUCCACCAAAUCAAAUUCCCUCCUACCGGAAUAUCUCACCUUCGUUUUCCUCCCUCGCAUCAACAACACUCUCCUAAAAAUCAACGGUUCGAAAUUCCUCCCUGAUUCUCCCGCUUUUUUAUCACUUCAUCGCAACCUUAUUGAUUCCAACAACGACGUCGUUUUCUCUUCUAAUGACUCCGCUUCGGUUACUAAUGGCCUUAAUUUCGAAGUCCACCUCGGCAACAAAAAGUUUCUCCGCGGAGUUUUCCGGAAACACGACGUUAAUGGAUUAACAAUGGAGUGUAGAAGCUUGCUGGAUAAAAACGAGUUGUUUGGUGUUAAAGAAAUUGAGGUUUUUGCCACUGCGCAAAACGAUGUCGUUUUAAAGGAGAAAGUAGUGGUGAAGAAAAAAAGGUUUUGCAUGAAGAAAUUUGACAUGAAACUGGAAGAUAUUCUAGAGGAGAGGGAGUGUGACGUGGAUGAUGACGUGGAGAGAGAGGGACUAGGUGUGGGAGAUUGUUGCUGUUGUGGUGAGGUAGAAACUAGAUCUAACGGUGGUGAUGAUUUUGAUGACAUUGAUGAUCAGACGAUGGAGAUUGACAUGGAUAUGGAAGGAGUUAGAUGGGCCGUUGAUGUGGGUAUUUGGGUUGUUAGUUUGGGAGUGGGCUUUUUGGUUUGUAAAGCUUCUACCAGAAAUCUUAUGAAGAAAAAAAAAUUCUUUGUAUGAGAAGAUAAUUUUUAGACAUUUUUGUAGAUAUUUUUAACUGUUUUACAAAUUGUAAAUAAAUAAAUUAUAAUUUGAUUUAAAAAACAUGUAGCCACUAGCAAGGAUGAAAUUAGAAUUAACUAGUCUAUGGAGAAACCGUUUCUUUGAGAGACGUAUCUCAAGCCCAACCAUUAAUGAUUAAUACCUACUUAUUGUAUUAUUAAUGUCUACUUAUCGUAUUCUUAAUGCUUAUUUACUGUA